AUGCUAGGGCUUCUUCUCUUUGCCGGGACUGCCUUGGCAGCUACCAUUUACAUCUUCGUUCUCCCAAUCAUCAAUUAUUUUCGUGAUUCCAAAGGCCUCAGAAAAUACCCGGGAUUUUCACCACUGUCAGGAUUUACUGAUCUUCGUCACUGUUAUCUGGCAGCAUGUGGAUAUCGCUCUAAAUAUCUCCAUGAGGCACAUCAGAGCGCGCCGAUUUUACGUACUGGGCCCAACGCCCUCUCCUUCGGAGACGUUCGUGCUAUUAAAGAUAUAUAUGGACAUGGCACGAAGUGCGUCAAAGACAUGAACUACACCCUUACGAGUGGCUCGCACACCAAUCUCUUCGACGUUGUCCAUAAAGAGCACCAUGCCAGUAAGCGCAAGCUACUAUCCGCCGCGUUCGCAAUCAAAAACUUAGAACGAUGGGAGCACAAAGUGGCCUAUACCACCCAACGGCUUCUCAACUCAAUCGACUCCCGUUGUACCCUCCCUUUGCCCACCGGCCAAGUUAUCCCCGAUCCUCGAGACCUCACUGUCGACUUUGGCAGCCUAGUAUACCUUUUCACCAUUGAGGCAAUCAACUUCCUCGCGCUGUCUUCCCAGAUGGAUCUUUUAGACAAAGGCGCAGAUAUUGUCACUGCUGAGAAGCCCGAUGGUACUAUCUACAAAGCCAGCUAUCGAGACUCACAGAGCCAUGCUGCGCUGGCUCCUUCAGUAUUCGUGUGGGACCAUCAACACUUCCCUCUUCUAAAGAAGCUUUCUAAGCUGAGUCCAAAAUGGCGCGAUGUUUGGAAAAGGGGCGAGCCUUGGGGAGAUAUCGUCUACCAUCAGGCAGCUACACGCCUCCGGCGUUAUAUGGCCGGUGAAAGGCUGGAUGAUUUCUUCGAGUCAUUGAUGGAGGACAAGAAGCACAAUCCCAACAACCUUGAGUGGGGUGAGAUCAUGGCUGAAGUCGGUGGUCUUAUCAAUGCUGGGGCCGAUACCACAUCGAUCGCCCUGACGAAUGUGCUGGAGCUGCUUCUUCACAGCCCGCAAACUCUUCAAAAACUGCGAGAAGAGAUUGAUGAGGUUCUCGACGAAGACGAGGUCGUCGCUUCCUACGAAAAGAUCAAGAACCUCCCUUUCCUCAAAGCCUGUAUCGAUGAGAGCCUCCACAUAAGCCCCCCUACAUCCGCUGGACUUCCGAGACGUACCCCUCCAGAGGGAGCGGAAAUCUUGAAUCAGUUUAUCCCUGGCGACACAACAGUAUACAUGACCAUCUAUGGGACCCAUCGGGAUCCCGAGAUCUUCCCUAACCCUGAUGAAUACAGGCCAGAGAGGUGGAUGGAUCUUGAAGAAAGGAAGCGGAUGGAGCCGUAUUUCAUACCUUUUUCCACUGGUUCGCGGGGAUGCUUGGGGCGAAACAUCUCAUAUCUUGAACAGAUGGUUGUCCUUGCUUCGAUAGUCCACAGAUACGAAUUUGCGCUGCCUAGCCCGGACUUCCAGCUUGAUCGCCAGGAAGCCUUCAAUCUUCUUGUUGGGGAGUUGCCGUUGAAAGUUUGGUACCGCAAGGGGUCACAAUGA